GGCUAUCUUGCUGGUGUGGCAUCCCUUUUUGAUCGAGGCGGUUCUACUUGAAGAGCUAACUUUAUCUUGUGACCAUGUCUUCGGGUAGCACUACCGAGAUCGAGUCGGCAAUCUUCUCAGGGGGAGAAGGGGGUGAAGGAGCCAAUGAAAAGGCCAUUGGAACUCCUAUCGAAAACAAAGACCAGCCAGUCCAUCAUGAGUUCCCAGAGGGGGGCCUCAAGGCCUGGCUGGUUGUUCUGGGAUGCUGGUGCACAUCGUUUGCAUCUUUUGGCUAUGUCAAUUCUUUUGGAGUCUACGAAACGUACUAUCUGCAGACAUUUCUGUCUGACCGUUCUCCGUCAGACGUUGCCUGGAUCGGCGCGAUUCAAGCGUUUGCGCAGUUCUCGGCGGCCAUGGUUAGCGGCCCAAUCGCUGAUCGACACGGGCCUAUGGUUGUCAUCUGGCCAUGCUCCGUUCUCCUCGUUGUAGCCAUGAUGCUUACGAGCCUCUGCACCGAAUUCUACCAGUUCAUCCUGUGUCAAGGAAUCUUUCUAGGCUUCUCAUCCGGCCUGAUAUUCACUCCCGCAAUAUCAGUCGUUGGACAUUAUUUCCACAAGAGACGUCCUAUAGCCAUCGCUUUUGCCACCACUGGCUCUCCUCUUGGAGGACUCAUCUAUCCGGUCAUCAUGACAAACCUGCUGAAAAACAAAAAUGUUGGAUUCCCAUGGGGUCAGCGCGUGUGUGGUUUCUUGACUUUGUUUUUGCUCGCUAUUGCAGCAGUCGCCAUCCGACCAACAUCAUUAAGGAGAAAGGGGCCUCUGAUUCUUCCAGAGGCAUUCAAGAUUCCUGCUUUCUCUCUACAAGUUGCAGGCAUGUUCAUGGUCAUCCUGGGGCUCUGGACGCCGUACUUUUACCUAGCAGAUUAUGGUUCGGCCCAUGGGAUGUCCGAAAAUCUUGCAUCAUAUUUAUUCGCCAUAAUUAAUGCAGGUUCGUUUGGGGGUCGAAUCUUUGCCGGCACCGUUGCUCGGAAACUCGGCCAGUUCAACGUCAUUGCUGUUGCUGCUUACGCCUCAGCCAUAUUGCUAUUCUGCUGGCUCAAGAUCACUUCAUCGGCAGGGUUAAUUGUCUUGUCUAUACUAUUUGGCGCUUCAAGCGGUAUUGUCAUUGCGAUGAUGAUGUCCACUCUUGCGCAAACGGCAGACCACCCGAGCAAGAUUGGAACGUAUCUAGGAAUGUCUACCUUUCUCAUUGGAUUCGGCGGUCUGGCUGGCACACCAAUCACUGGAGCUCUGAUUGAGAGAUACCAUGGCUACUCUCAAGGCAUCAUUUUCAGUGGAGCUGUCCUCAUGGCCGGAGCUGUGUUUCUCACCUGUGCCAGAUUUGCGUUCUCCAAAGACAAGCUCAUCGUAUAGGUCCGCUAUAUUUAUGUUGAACCUAAAGAUACCAGCAUCGAAGCCUUUUCUAUAAAGGAUCUCCCCUCUUCACGACUUCCGUGUCGAUACUUUAUCACCAAUAGAACUGAGAAUGUACAUUUUUAGAAGGCAGCUUCACAGCAGCGCGCCAAUAGCGGCCGAACCUCGUUUCAUCUACGCAUACGGUUCCAUCAAGAGCGGGGCCGCGACAAAUUGGAAGAGCAGAAUCGAAGACUAGAUUUUGAUGGUGGCCUAAAAAGAAUAUAGUUGGUCUACCGCGGUUAAUAGAGGUUGGCCAGUGGUAGAUAUUGGCGCCGAUGAUACCCUCUGUUGGGCUCAUGCUUUCUCGGCGCGUGGCUCAGCAUGUCUCACUGAGUCGCAAAUAUCUGUUUCAUAAAAUCUUUAAUACGUUUGUACCUACUC